AUUCGCGGUAGAAGGAAAGUGCCCACAAACUUAUGUACGAACGCGCACCGCUCUUACUUUUGAAGUCGUUCAAAAAACGUCCGCGAUUUUAUUAGCUUUCUUCAUUUUUGUUGUUCCAACUGAAAAUUGAAUUGUUCACUUUUAUUUCAUCGAUAGAACAAUAAUGAGACUAAACAUUCGGAGCUCCCGAAGGUUUUCUUUUCAAUUCGCCAAUAAUCGAAGAUAACGUGGAGUUUGUGAAAUAAAACAUUCUCGAGGGCUCUGUCAUUUUUUUCCCAAUUUUUGAAGGUUAUACGCGUAUGGAUGUUUUAGAACGAUUUUUUUUGGUUUCUUCAUACAAUCGACACAUUUAUCUUUCGCGAAAAAUGUUAGUUUUUUUCGUAAUUAUUUUGAGUUUCGUCAAGGUCAUAUUGACGAACGAGAAUGCAAUGUGUACCGGGAACCACACUCUUCUUGAUGCUCCGGGGGACGCGGUCAUAUCAGUCUUCGUUAACGCGAACACCGGUUUUCAUUGCAAUGAAACAACGACGAGAGGAUUCGAAGAAAUAUCAACAGCUCUGUACGUCGUUCAAAUGUUGAAUAAAUAUGAUUAUGUUCCUGGUCUCUCAUUAGGUCUGAAAAUAUUUGAUACCUGUCACAACAGUAUGACAGUUUACAAGCAAGCCCUCAUGGAAGCUGUGGCUUUCGAUUGUCUCGAUUAUUACGAGCUUGGUGUCCUGGUACCGUCGAUUUACAGUUCGAUUUUGAAGCCACUCGGUGAUUACAACAUGUUGCCGAUUAGCGUUUACAAGGAUGCAAAUAUGACGAGUGCCUUGCUCGAUACGAUGAUCCAAUUUAUAAGCUCCAAAUUCGAAGUUGUCGAUCUCUUGCUCAUUGAUUCGCUUGAGCUACUCAGUCGUGUUCUCGAUGCGAGUAAAGAGGCUGGAAUUUGUGUUAAAAGCGUGAAUGAAUUUGCUGCUAUGAACAAUAGAACCGAAACCGAAACCGUUGUCGUCGUCGUCGUUGGCUCCGAUGAAAGCAUUCGAUCCUGGAUUAAAAGAGACUCUCUUUUUCUUCGAAAAACUUGGAUCGUACUGCCAAUCAACGGUUCUUAUUCAGACGGUAUAACACCAUCAGGUUCGUACAUAAUAAGAAGCGAGUCCUUCUAUUUCGACCUUCUACAAGAGUUUCCAUCGGUGGAUGAUUUCCUCGAUACGAGCGAAUAUCCGGUGAUCCACUCCCCUCAUUUACUGAGCGUUGGAAAAUCGAUUAUUCAAAUAGCCCAAGUGCUGGUGGAUUUGCAGAGGCGUACAUGUCCGCACGGGGAAGCUUGUGUUCUGCCGCGUUUCAAUUCAAAGAGUAUUCGUGAUAUAUCAAAUACGGAAAUAUACGAGGCACUACACAUAUUGCCGAAAUCGCACAUUGUCAAAUAUGAAAUUUCCCAACGUACGAAUGAUCUGGAUACGGAGGAAUUUGCGCGAGUCGCAACAUACAACGUGAAUGUGACGAAUCUCCGUGUUACACCAGAAAUACCAGAGAAAAAAAUGCCCAAAUUAUGCGUUAACAAAUUAACGAACAAGUGUCAAAAAUGUGUUAAUUUCAAAGUGAGAGUAAAUGCCCUCGCCAAGACUUCCAAAGCCGCAGAAGAUAUUACUUCGACGAAUAAUUAUCUCAAAGAAGGGGUUCUCGUGCCAAUUUUUUUGACUGUAAUGGGCUGUGGCACUUUUGCUUCCCUCGUGAUUGUUAUUUUCAUAGUUCACCGUUACUUGAGGGAACCAGUGCUCGAGGGUAAUCCGAGCCUGACGGUACUUCUCGUCAUCGCAAAUACAUUUGUCCUCCAAACGAUUCUCCCAUUUUGUAUGAACGAUCGUUCGAAUGAUAUGCGAGAAUAUUUAAAUUCCCGAAAAAUAUUUUUCUCCACUCUUUCGUAUGGAAUGACCUUUUCAAUUAUGCUAUCCCGAGCUUUCUUCCUCGCUUUUUCAACCGGCGGCGUCUUUACCAGCCACAUUAAUGGAUACCUUCAAGGACUCAUGCUCUUCUUUAUGGCUGGCGUUCAAGUCGCUAUUUCAACGAUGUACUUCCUUCUUAGUACCGCUGAUUCUUCCAAGAUCGUUAGAAGUUUGACUUUCGUUGCGCUUCUUGGCUACAACAUAUUUCUUCUCCUCGUUCUGUUCGUCGUUUGCUGUUUCGUUGCUCAAAUACAGCGCAAUUAUCGCGAGGGCAAAUGUUUCUUUGGCACGGCCAUUGGACUUGUUAUUGCCUGGGCAGUUUGGUUAACGUCUUUCGCCCUCGUUGAAAUCAAUUUGCGAGAUAUGGUUGUUUCUUCAGGCAUUAUAGCUACUGGCUAUAUUAUUAUAAUUGGUAUACUAAUACCUCGUACGUAUUACAUGCUAACGCAUCUCGUUGGAGGAAAAGAUUUUUUUCGCCGCUACGAAACAACUGACCUUGGGCCUGAUCCUCGAACCAGUACAAUCGCCAGGCAGUCGGUUCCGAGACCACUUUACGAUUAUGUGUAUCCAAUCGAAGAUAUAACUGGAGGCCAAUUACCACAAAUUUUGAGGUAUCCAAAUUACUACGGUGGAUCGAGUCCUAAUCCGCAUUAUCGUAUGGCCGCGAUUGGAAGAGAUUUCUUCAAUGAUCCUGUACGACUGCCGGCUUAUAACAAUUACGAAUAUCGUCCGGAUAUGCAAGAAACGGAAAACCCUUAUGUCAUGCCACGGAUUUGUUUGGAAAAUCCAGAGGGGUCCAGAGUUCCGAUAGGCAGAGAUUCGAACAAUGAGAUGUGUUACGCACAACCACGAUGUCCAGGAAGGCCAAAAUUCGUAUUUCGAAAUCAUAAAGAUUGCAUUGAAACAGAUGUUUACGUGGAAGAUAGAAAGUUAUCUCCAGACAGACGAGGGCCAAACGAGGUUUAUCCGUCUCGUAGCGUGAGUCCGAGGCUUUACCAGUCUGAGGACACUAUUCGCGAAGAGGAGGAACAGGAUCGUGAUGCUACGAGGAUAACUAGACUCUAAACACUUAUAUCGUUCUUCUCCGUCUUAUUUAUUCGUAGUGAAUAAAGUUAAUAAAUUCAAGUUUUUCAUUUUCAUUAGAAUUAUAACGGUGCGCUUUUUCAUUUUCUCAUCCUGGUGCAUCUAAACUCAUGCCUGUUCACGAGGGUGUGAAUACAAUCAACGAAUCAAUGUGGGAAUCGAAGUAUUUAGUUUCUGUAUUUUUUCAUUCAAUCGUGGAAUAUUGACCUUAAAAAUGAACGGACUUCAAAGCUGCAAUUUCUUAUUGCCCGUUCCGCUGGUAAAAUAUGUUUUAAUAAACAAAUUAAAUAAAAUGGAAUGAAAAUUGUAACGA